AUGUUCCAGGCCACGGGACCCGCCAGCCCACCCCCAGCUCAUGAGGCAAAAAACAACUCAGGAGGCAGCACAGUUCAGCGCUCCAAGUCCUUCAGCCUGAAGGCACAAGUGAAGGAGAUGUGCACUGCCUGCCAGAAAACCGUCUACCCCAUGGAGCGGCUGGGGGCCCAGCUAACCCUGUCCUCCUUCCCCAGCCUGGGCAGCUACGCGGCGCUCCACGGAGAGUUCUACUGCAAGCCCCACUUCCAGCAGCUCUUCAAGAGUAAAGGCAACUACGACGAGGGCUUCGGGCGCAAGCAGCACAAGGAGCUGUGGGUGCACAAGGAGGUGGAGAGCGGGACCAAGUCGGCGUGA